AUGUUUGAUUUAGUCAAAGGAGCCAUUCAUAUGAGAAUGGUCAAGCAAUCUGGAAAAUAAAAGUUCAAAAUGCCUUAUUAAUCUUUUAGUUCAAAUUAAGCAUGCAGUCCAAUGUUAAGAUUUAAGAAUGCAGGAACAAUUGGAUGUAGACAAUUGCCUAAAGAUAGCACUUAGAAAUGUAAUUAGUAAUAAAGUAUAAAUGUCCUUAAUCUUUGA